AUGGCCUCCUCCACUUCUUCCCACUCCUCCGUCAGCUCUAGCUCCUCCGUCCACACCAACAGUAAUCUGGUCUCCGCCGCUGUCGUCUCCGCCUCCUCCGUCAGCGCUACCUCUACACACUCCACCACCACCUCCAAGAAUUCCAAGAACGCUGCCCCAGGUAUGGUCGCCAACCCUGUCUCGUGGAAGUACGGUGUCGCUCUAGGUGCCGUCUUGGCCGGUUCUUUCGUCUUAGGUGCUGGUAUCUAA